UCAUAUGCUAAUGAUAUUGGUGGAUGAUGCCGGAGAAGCAUAUCCGCGAAUUGAUCACUCGCCAUGGAAUGGCUGCACCCUCGCAGAUUUGGUCAUGCCCUUUUUUCUCUUCAUUGUUGGUGUGUCAAUCGCUCUCGCUUUUAAGAGGAUUUCUAGUGCUCCUGAUGCAAUCAGAAAGAUUAUCACCAGAACAAUCAAACUUCUAUUUUGGGGAAUUCUGCUUCAAGGUGGAUACUCCCAUGCUCCUGAUGAUCUCUCCUACGGAGUUGACAUGAAGAAGAUUCGCUGGUGUGGCAUUCUUCAGAGAAUAGCGCUGGUGUACUUGGUGGUCUCUCUCGUUGAAGUCUUCUCAUAUAAGACCCGCCCGAGGGAGCUUGGCUCAAAUUUUUUCUCCAUCUUUAGAGGAUAUAGGUGGCAAUGGAUGGCCGGUUUCAUUGCAUUUUCAGUCUACAUGUGUACAACAUUUGCACUUUAUGUUCCAGACUGGAACUUUGUCUAUAAUGAUGGAGAAACAGAUGGUGGAAAGACAUUUACGGUCAAAUGUGGCAAGAGAGGACAAUUAGGUCCUGCUUGUAAUGCAGUUGGUUAUGUUGAUAGGCAAGUCUGGGGUAUAAACCAUCUCUAUUCAUGGCCUGUAUGGAUACGAUCUCAGACGUGUACUAAUAGUUCUCCAUACUCGGGGCCUCUUCGUGAUGAUGCUCCAUCUUGGUGCCUUGGUCCCUUUGAACCGGAGGGCUUGUUAAGUUCAAUAUCAGCAAUCCUUUCAGCAACUGUUGGUGUCCACUAUGGACAUGUUCUGAUUCAUUAUAGG